AUGACACAGCUACCGGUAGGGAAACAAUGGUGCUUUUCAGAAAAUGCUCGCCUUAUCGAGGACACGUAUUUAUUGUCAUCGGAUAAACUGCGUUUAUUGUUUAAUUACGGACUUCUGGUUUUUCCGAGCUUGUCUUCCUUAUUAGCUUUCUGUAAUUCAGUUGCUAUACUACGCAUUUGUGUCCGUGGAUAUUAUGAAAAUGGUCCAUACCUUAUCUCAUACUGCCUUCUAAAACUUCUUGCGGAUUCCUUAGUGUGCAUUACAGCUCUUCCUCGAUUUACAUUAAUAUCAACUUCAGAUGUAGCUGAACAAAAGUUAGCGGCACAAGUUCCUGCUCUUCUUAUGACCCAACAGUCUUUUCAACUAGCUGCAACUUGGCUUAUAUGCCUCCUUCUACUUUUCCAGGUUCUUAUCCUCAAUAAACUUGCCAAAACAGUUAUGGCAAUCUGUGGAUUUCCUUCUCGCGUUACAGGAAUUAACUCUUGCCAUUGUAUCAAUCCAGUUCUUAAACCUUUUUCCGACAAAGCAUGCCACGAAGAGCCGAAAAAUUGUCGAUUUUAUAGUCAUUCCAUUGUUGGUAUUGGAAGCAUUGUCAUCUUUUCAACUCUCUUGGUGGCACCACAAAUUGGAAACUAUCAAAUUGAAGCUGUUAGACGUUGGCCUAAGUGGUGCGUAAUACAUGAUCUGGGUUCACCUAUAUACGAGUAUACCCUCGGUAUUCUCACAUUUUUGAUUCCAGCUGUUUGCUUCCUUGUGCUUCUUCUUGUUUUAUCGAUCAAAGUUGUCAAAAUCAGCCGAAAAAUUCAGCGUUGUGUUUAUAAUCUAUCGUCUGAAAAUUCAGAGGAAAAACAAGGGGAAACUAUUCUAAGGGAGAGUAAAUUUGUGACCUUACUGGGUCUAAUUGAAUUUAUAAGUUGGCUUCCCAUAACUGCACAGGAUAAUCUUCAUCGCCAAGCUUGGAUACCCAAUGUUGAUGAAGAGGCUAACAUUUGGAUGAUAUGUGAAAUUGUUUUACUUGUAGGCGAUCUCUUAUCUCAGGCUUUGCUUGCAACAAAGACCACUUAUGAGCUAUCCAAAUGCUUCAAGUCUACUACGUCGAUCAGUUCCAAGGACGGGGAGGCCGAAACCACUGAUUUGCAAACAAGUAGGCACUACACGUCAGCCGAUGAUAGUCUGGAGCCAUUAUAUACUUCACAAACGAGUUCUCAAAAUCCAAAUCAAAGAAAAUCAGUCCUCCAUGUCCGAUUAUCACCUCCACCACUACCUUCACCUGAUUACACCUACAAAGAACUGGAAUUUUCGGGUCAAAGGGCCUUUGAGUUCUCUUCAGACAAGGUGUCCUGCUUUUAUAAAGAAAAUUCCACUCUCCCCUUCUCCUAUGCCUUUCCAGAGAAUGAGGAGUUCUCCAAAUGUGAAUUACCAGUUACGGAAGAAUUAUUUGAUUCCUCCAACGGCGUAUUGGUUUCUCAUUUAUGA